AUGGCGCCCAGCCCGUGGCACACGGAGGCCAAAGCAGAUUGGAUGUGCAAGUUUUGUACUUUCCGUCGCACUGGUGGUCUCCCUCUCAUUAAUUAUGGCAGCAAUGAGAAGUACUUCAAGUGCAAGCUCCACAAGGGCGUGUGUUUCAAGCAGGUUGUGCCCGAGGACGCCCCGAGCCGCAGCACCAAGCGCAAGCCCGCGCUCGAGCCAUCGGCAGCUUGGCAAAGCUCGAGAAGCGUCUGCAGUCGCUCGAAGCAGAGAGCCAGCGCCUGCGGGCGCUUCAGGACGGAGGGACGGCUGCGGAUGAGGCUAAUGGAGCUGAUGAGUUACCUGAAGAAAUCGACGCGUCUGCAGAAGGCCGAGCAGGACAAGAUCGCAGCAGACAAAGCUCUGGCAGCAGCACAGCUUGCAGCCACUUCGGCGGCGAACGUCGUCGAGGAGCGCAAGAAGGCUGUGGAGGAUCUGGAGGAGGAGGUCAGGGCUCUGUCUUCGCAGCCUGCCCCGCAGCCGAUGGCAGUGGACCUCACGGGGCCCGAGUUCCACAUCUGCGAGGAGAAGCUGCUGGCCUGCCUGGGAUCCAUGGAGGGGGUUGCGGAUGCCAGCAAGCUGGCGCCGAAGCUGGUCGAGGCGCUCAAGUCUCGGGCUGCGGAGUUUCUGGAGGAGCCUCCCGAGAAGAAGACAAAGCGUGAGACAUCCCAGCCACCCUCGCAGGAGCAGGGCACACGUACACCACAGCCCAGUGAAUGGAAGUUCGCAGAGUUGGAUGUGGAACAGCUACGUCAGGACGUGGGUGAUUUCGUUGCCGAGAACGCUGAGGAAGCCACCUUGCGUGAGAAGGCCAUGCAGUUGGCGGCAG